AUGGAGGGCAGGAAAGAGAGGGGGAGAUCUCAUAGAGUGUUUCGGCGGAUGGCGAUGCAGUGCCUCUGCUCCGGGGAGCAGGCCAAUCUGGUGGAUGAGCUGAACCCGUCAAAUGGCGAAAUCGAGUUGUAUGCCAAAAAUGACGGCCUUCGGGAAGCCGAGUUGUCUCUCCAGGAGGGCGGUUCCCUUAACUAUGAGGAAGCAAGGGCAUUGCUUGCAAAAGUCGAGUACCAACAGGGGCAUGUUGAAGAAGCACUUCGUGUGCUUGAUGGGAUAAACACGGCUGAACUAAUUCCUAUGGUGAAAAUGUCCAUCAGUAGAUUAGCAAGGGCCGAUCCACAUUCCAGUUAUCCACCAAUGUCCUUGCAUACUGUUAAUCUAGUAAUGGAGACCAUAUAUCUCAAAACUAUAGCACUUCGUGAUCUUGGGAAAUUCAAAGAAGCUGCACAGGAGUGCAGUAUGAUAUUGGACGUUAUAGAAUCGGCACUCCCUAAGGGCUUACCAACCAAGUUUGGAGAUGGUAGUAACUUGAAUGCAACAAUACGCAGUGCCGUUGAGUUGCUUCCUGAGCUAUGGAAAUUAGCGGAUUUCCCUCCUGAAGUGCUCUCUUCAUACAGGAGGGCUCUUCUUAGUAAUUGGAACCUCGAUGCAAAGGCCAUUGGUAGAAUACAGAAGGAGUUUGCUAUUUUUCUCCUAUACAGUGGCUGUGAGGCCUCAACUCCACCUCUUCGAUCCCAAUUGGAUGGUUCAUUUGUACCUCGGAAUAAUUUGGAAGAAGCUAUUCUUCUUUUGAUGAUUUUAUUGAUGAAAUUCAACCUUAAGAGGCUUGAGAGAGACCCAACUGUGAUGCAUCAUCUGACUUUUGCAUUGUCCAUAUCAGGACGGUUAAAACCUCUAGCCGGUCAGUUUGAAAAACUAUUACCUGGUGUGUUACACAGCAGAGAGUGGCUGUACAAUGUUGCACUGUGUUACCUAGCAGAAGAAGAUGAUCUAGCUGCCCUCAAUCUGCUCAAAAUGAUACUAAGAUUUGGAGAGGACUCCAGUUGUCUCAAAGAACUUCUUCUAACUUCAAAAAUUUGUAGCGAGAACGUUGCACAUGCUGAAGAAGGUGCAUCCUAUGCACGCAGAGCCCUUGCUAGUCUCGAUGGAGGUUGUGACCAGUUAGAGGUUGUCGCGGACCUUCUACUUGGCAUUUCCCUCUCCCACCAAGCUCGAUAUGCUCCGAGUGGUACGGAGAGGGCUUCUCAGCAGCGUGAAGCACUGAAGGUGCUUGGUGUUGCUGAAAAGAAGAUGCAAGGCAAAGAUUUUAGGGUACUGUACAAUCUGAGCCUUGAAAAUGCUGAGCAGAGGAAACUAGAUGCAGCAGCUCUUUAUGCAAAGAAGUUACUGAAAUUGGAGAAUGGUUCAGAAUUAAGGAGCUGGCUCCUUGUAGCUCGUAUCACGAGUGCUCAAAAACGGUUCGAAGAUGCUGAAUCUAUUGUAAAUGCUGCCCUUGAUCAGACUGCAAAGUGGUGCCAAGGAGAUCUGUUGCAAACCAAAGCCAAAAUUCAGGCUGCAAACGGGCAAUUUAAGAAGGCAGUCGAGACUUAUACCCAGCUUCUUGCUGUCAUCCAACUCAGGAAGAAAAGUUUCAACUCUGGGCUUUUUGUAUUACAGUUAUGGGAUUCCAUUAGAAAAAGAAGUGAGAAGACUUCUCUGAUGUCGUUGUUCAACUUUUCGCAGGGCACGAAGGAUGAUGGAAGCAUGGAAACAGAGGCAUGGUAUAAUCUGGCCCUUUUGUACCUAAGCCUGUCACAAUGGAGGGAUACAGAGCUUUGCAUAUCGAAAAUAAAAGCCACCAGUGCAUAUUCUCCCUUGGCUUAUCAUGCUACAGGAAAGCUACUUGAAGCAAGAGGGUUUCUAAAGGAGGCUUUUGGAGCAUACUCCAAAGCAUUAGAUCUCGACCCUAAGCACGUACCGAGUUUGAUAUCUGCCGCCAUUGCUCUUCGACAGCUUGGAGGGAGGCCCUUGCGUGCCGCAAGGUGCCUCCUAACUGAUGCGCUGAGACUGGACAGAACGAACCAUGUUGCAUGGUUUAACCUCGGUCUAACCUAUGAAGAUGAAGGGGGCAGUUCAUCAGCAGCACUUGAAGCUGCCGAAUGUUUUCAGGCGGCUGCCCUUCUCGAAGAAACCGCCCCGGCUGAACCUUUCAGAUAA